AUGGACCCUUGGUUGUACGGUCAGGUAAAAACGGAGCUUCUUGUUCAAAUUAAUGGCGUGUCAUCUCGGGAGCACACUGGCAGCCAAGUGAUACUUCUUGCGGCUACUAAUCUUCCUUGGGAAUUUGAUGAGGCUAUGCGGCGGCGACUGACAAAGCGUGUCUACAUCCCCUUUCCCGAAACGAAAGCACGCCGAGAAAUUUUUGAAUUGAAUCUGGGUCAAAUUGACCUGGACUUGGAUGUUGAUUUAGACGAUCUUGUCCAGGAAACGGAGGGCUAUAGCGGUGACGACAUCACGAAUGUCUGCGUAACAGCCAAGCGGAUGCCUGUAGAAAGGGUCUACACUCCCGAGUUACUUCUUAAGAUGCGGCGAGAGAUGGAAGUAGGCGAAAAAUUUCGUGAACUUGAGACACAACGACUUGUGGUCACUAAGGCAGAUUUCGCUGAAGCGCUGGACAACGUUUCUAAGUCAGUAGGGCACGACCAACUCCGUCGGUUUAAAGAGUGGGAAACCGAGUUUGGAUCGAAAUAA